AUGGGCAUCAUGAACUUCAAAAGAUCGGCAGAUAAACCUGCCGAGCCAAUCACCCCCGACACGAGCGCCUCAGACAAUGACACAGAACAACCAACAACAAAAGCCGACUCUACAGAUUUCCAAGAAGUCCCCGCCGGCACCGUCGAAAAGGGAAACAUCUUCGACCAAGGCGGCAAAACAUACAGAACCCUAGGCCGCUGGGAUACCGUCCUCAUCCUCUUCACAAAUCAGCUUGGUCUCGGUAUCUUGUCCUUGCCCGCCACAAUAAAAACCCUCGGUAUCGUCCCUGGUAUCAUUGCCAUUCUGGGUAUUGGUGGAAUUUCGUGGUAUGCUGCGUAUUGUCUGCUACAAUUCUAUCGCAAACAUCCCAAUGUCGUGUCCAUCGUCGAAAUGACCCGCAUUGUUGGCGGUGCUUGGUUUGAAAGCUUAGCUGGCUUCGUCAUGAUGAUUCAAGUCGUUUUCAUCGUCGCGUCAGCUACAGUUACACUCUCCGUCGCGUUGAACACGCUUAGUAGCCAUGCUACGUGUACCGUUAUCUGGAUUCUGGUCGCGUGUGUGGCUUGUUAUAUCUUGUCCAUCCCUCGAACCAUGAAAUUCGUUUCCAAGGCCGGUGUUCCCAACGCUGUUAGCGUUGUUGCCGCUUGUUUGAUCGUUUUGAUCAGUUUGGCUAUUUCGGGGCCGGCGACUGCGCCUGCAGGAUGGCAUAAGGACCUCAAGGUUGUUGGAAACCCUACGUUUCGCGAUGGUUUGAAUGCUUGUCUGCGUGUGGUGUUCUCCUACGCGGGUACCUUUACAUUCCCUUCGUAUAUGGCUGAGAUGAAGGACCCCCAGAAGGACUUCAAGUUUGCCCUCGCUGUUCUCGAAAUCGGAAGUACCCUCUUCUACAUCGCCAUGGCCGUAGCCCUAUACUGUCUCGCCGGCGACCUCACAACAUCCCCCGUCCUCAGCGCCGCAUCCUCGAUCCCCGCCAAGGUCGCCUACGGCAUCGUCCUCCCCGCCGUCGUAGCGACCGCUCUCUCCAUCGGCCACACCGGCUGCAAAUACGUCUACGUCACCGCCAUGCGUCAAAUGCGCUCCACGCACCAAGUCACCGACAACAGCAUCAAGUCCUGGGUAACCUGGAUUCUGUCCGUAACUGGUUUCUGGGCCUUGAUCUUUGUUAUCGCGAAUGUCAUUCCUAUCUUUGAUUCGAUUCUGUCGAUUACGAGUGCGACGACGAUUCCUUGGUUUACGUAUGGUUUUGCGGCGAUUUUCUGGCUGCAUCUUAACAAGGGCCUUUACUUUUCUAAUUGGAAGAAGGCGGUUCUUACGGUUUUGAACGUUACUAUGAUUGGAGUUACGUUGUUUUUGAAUGCAGGUGGUUUGUGGGCUGCUAUCACUGAGUUGUUGGAUUUGUUUGAGAAUAACAAAGAUGGCAUUGGUGGUGUUUUCUCGUGUGGAGAUAACUCUAUCUUUUAG